AUGUCGAAAUUUGAAGGAAUCUUGAUGGGAAUGGGCAAUCCUUUGCUCGAUAUUUCUUCCAACGUGGAACAAGAGUUUUUGGACAAAUAUGACGUCAAGCUUGAUUCGGCAAUCUUGGCCGAGGAAAAGCACCAACCUCUUUUCAAGGAACUUGUCGAAAAGUACAAGCCAACCUACAUCGCUGGAGGAGCCACACAAAACAGUAUCCGUGUUGCUCAAUGGAUGAUGAAGAAGGCUGGACAAACUGCUUUCAUGGGUUGUGUCGGAAAUGACGACUACGCCAAGCAAUUGGAAGACUGUUCCUCGGCUGAUGGUGUCCUUGUUCACUACAUGAAGGACGAAAAGGUCCCCACUGGAACUUGUGCUGCCUUGAUCAAGGGUGGAGAACGUUCGUUGGUUACCAAUCUUGAUGCCGCCAACAACUUUAAGCCCACACACUUGGAGACCGACAAGGCUAAGGAAAUCAUCGAAUCCGCCAAAUUCUACUACAUCGCUGGGUUCUUCUUGACCGUUUCUGUUGAGAGUUUGCUCCAGGUUACUGAACACGCCUUGGCCAAUAAGAAGACUUUCUGCAUGAACCUUUCUGCUCCUUUCUUGAUUGACUUCUUUGGAGACCAAAUGGCUCAAGCCAUGCCAUAUGUUGACUUCCUUUUCGGAAACGAAAGCGAAGCCGCUGCCUACGGAAAGAAGCACGAAAUGGGUGAAGACAUUAAGGAAAUCGCCCUUAAGGUUGCUGCUUUGCCUAAGAAGGAUGGUUCUAAGCCAAGAACCGUCGUUUUCACUCAAGGUUCUGAAUCGACAAUUGUUGCUUGUGAUGGCAAGGUCACUGAAUACAAAGUUGAGCCUUUGUCAAAGGAUCUCCUCGUUGACACCAACGGUGCGGGAGAUGCCUUUGUUGGAGGAUUCUUGUCACAACUUGUUGAUGGCAAGGAUAUGGAUGCUUGCGUUAAGGCUGGACACUUUGCUGCCUUGUACAUCAUCCAACAAUCCGGAACCCAACUUGUCAGUGAAUGCACAUUCUCUGCUUAA